GCUGACAGAUGUGGAGUUUGAGGAGUCUGCAGUCUACAUCGUGCAGGAUCGGCCCUGUGAAGCUUUCUGCACCAACAGAGCUCAAGCGUCGCUGCCCCGAAAUCUAACCUUACGGCCUUCAUUGAUAUACAAGGAUGUGAACCCAGAGAGGAGCAGCUGGCAACACUUCAUGAACAAGGCCCCGUCCGAGGAUCUCCAGAACCUGGUGGCCUGUCAGCUUGACCACGAUAUCUACUUCUACACGGUCAGACCCAUUGAGGCCAACAGCGAGCUGCUGUUCGGCUUCUCCGAGGAGUAUUCCCAACAUUGGAUUCACUACACGGAGGUAUACAUGAGUGUAUUUCUCUUGUGUCGUUCCGUGCUUGGUAACACUCGUGAUCGAUCCAGAAGUCCUGUGCCAAGACGCGAACCGCCAGCAGCUCACGCAGGAGACACAUUCUUCUCUCACCACCCAGCAGUAAAACGAAUCUCCAAGAGUCACGAGACAAGUUCACCCGGAGCCAUCAACAAUCACACCUAUGAAAGCAACCCUGUUUACCUGGCUCCUUCAGAGAAUCCACAGAUAUCUUCCACUCCUGCAAACAUCAAAACUGAGUUUAGUUCCACUCCGAAACUCCCACAAAGUCCGGACAUUGCCCAUCAGAAAGAUUCUCCAUGUGAAAUUUUCCAUUUCCCUCCACGUCCAUUAUUUCAGUACAUGAAUAUAUAUCCUCAGAGCAUAAUGUCGGAAAGACCUUACAGUCAAAUGCCAGAUUCUCGCAUCUCAGACAGUAUAUUUUCCAGAUUCCCUCCAACUGUAAACUAUUCCGCAUACAGCCCACCAACAGCAUCCAUGUCUUCCCCAUCUGCACUUCAAUCCUUUCAGUCCCUAUCUGGUCAGUUUCCAGUAUCCCCAUUUUUCCGUGAAAUGAUGUCUCAGUUUUCAUCCAUUCCUCUCUGGCCAAUGCUUCCUUUCCCUUUCCAGAGCCUUGACCAUGCUUCUCCGAUAAUGACCCCGCUGCCACAACCUGACAACUCAGAAGGAACAGUUUUGAAUCUGACAAUGCCGAAGUCAUCCAGUUCACAGGGAGCGCCAAGAGGGCAUCGGAAUCUGCCUUAUCCUUUAAAGAAAAAAGAUGGAAAAAUGCUUUAUGAAUGCAACGUGUGUCUCAAGACAUUUGGUCAACUAUCAAAUCUGAAAGUCCACAUCAGAACACAUACUGGAGAAAGACCCUUCGUGUGUCAAACCUGUGGGAAGGGAUUUACCCAGCUUGCUCACCUACAGAAGCAUAAUUUAGUCCACACUGGGGAGAAACCACACAAGUGUGAGGUUUGUGACAAGAGGUUUAGCUCUACUAGUAAUUUGAAAACACAUAUGAGAUUGCAUUCUGGCGAGAAACCGUUUCAUUGCAGAUCCUGCAGCGCCAAGUUUACCCAGUUCGUCCAUUUGAAGCUUCACCGAAGACUGCAUACCAACGACCGUCCGUUUGAAUGCCCUCAGUGUAAUCGAAAAUAUGUUAGUAGAAGUGGUCUGAAAACUCACUGGAAGACUGGUUCAUGUGUCCCAAUGAAUCCAGCUGCUGACUUCCAUACGUUGACUAACAUGAGCUUUGACGAUAAUGACGAGGACAGAAGAUUUGACUCUGAAUCAAUUACAGAAUAUAGAGAACAAAUUACGAAAGACAAAACUGGCGGGAAAGACGAUGUCUUUAAUAUCUUCUAUCAUCAGAUUGGGCAAAGAAGCGCAUUUGAACGUUGGAAUCGUGCUUACCCUCACUUCAAUGGAUAUGCAGCAGAAAUAUCCGCAGACACUUCCAAUAAUUCCACAUUCUAUGGCAGUCCUACUUUUCCCGAGCCUGUUGUAGCCGAUGACUCUAGGAGGUCACCAGACACGCCAAGAGAAAUAUCAGAAAGCUACAUGAACAAAAUUAAAGCAUCAACCCCUUCUGUCCCAGGGUCUCGUUCGCCAAGGACUUCUACACCAAGCGGAAUCGAAACUCCUGUCUCUCCAGACAGAUCUCAGGAUUAG